AUGAAAGGCCUGGUACAUUACUACGGAUAUGCCAUUCAGGAUCCUGAUCACCCUAUUUCUGCUACAUGUUGGGGUCCUGCAAGAUAUUACCGAGCGUGUCUGGGAGCUGAUGAGAAUGAUCAACAACUCCACCCUGUCAUGAAGUACGGGACACUCGAUAUUUCAUCUUCGUGGUCCUAUUAUAGACCCGGUCGAUACUCAGACAGAUGGACAUUCGAGAGAUUGUGGAAUAUCGACUGUUACAUUAAUUGCUUGAAUUUUGGAAGAAAAAUGACUAUCCUCGUUGAGAAGCCUGUGCUUGUGUCACCAGCACUGGAGCCCAAAGCUGUGUCAAACAAAGAAGAUUCCGAGAAAGAAAUGGUAGCAGAGAAUGGAUUCUUCGCACCAGAAAUCAAUUCAUUCGGAAACUCAUUCAGGGACUAUAAUGCAGAAAGCGCAAGGCAAAGCACGGUCGAGGAAUUCUACAGGCAGCAGCACAUUAACCAAACAUAUGAUUUUGUGAAGAGGAUGAGAGAAGAGUACACUAAGCUGAAUAGAAUGGAAAUGGGGAUAUGGGAAUGUUGUGAGCUCCUCAACGAGGUGGUGGAUGACAGUGAUCCUGACUUGGAUGAACCACAAAUUAUGCACUUGUUACAAACGGCCGAAGCAAUUAGAAAAGAUUAUCCCAAUGAAGAUUGGCUGCAUCUCACUGCCUUAAUUCAUGACCUUGGAAAAGUUCUUCUCCUUCCUCAAUUUGGAGGGCUUCCUCAAUGGGCUGUUGUGGGGGAUACAUUCCCUCUUGGAUGUGCUUUUGACGAUUCAAUUGUCCACAACAAGUAUUUCAAGGAAAAUCCAGAUUACAACAAUCCAGCUUACAAUACCAAAUACGGAAUUUACUCUCAAGGGUGUGGACUGGACAAUGUAAUAAUAUCAUGGGGGCAUGAUGACUACAUGUACUUGGUGGCUAAACAGAAUGGGACAACUCUACCUCCAGCCGCAUUGUUCAUUAUUCGAUUCCACUCAUUUUACCCUUUACAUACGGCGGGAGCGUAUAAGCACCUACUCAACGAUGAGGAUGCCAAGAGUCUAACCUGGCUUCAUAUAUUCAACAAAUAUGACCUCUAUAGUAAGAGCAAAGAUAAGAUUGAUAUUGAGAAAGUAAAGCCAUAUUACAUGUCCCUCAUUGAAAAGUAUUUCCCGGCAAAACUCAAGUGGUGA